CUUUCCCCCUUCUGAUGACCAGGUGGCGAAUCGCAUCUCUGCAUGUCUGGCAGACAUAUCAGUGUGGAUAACGGAUCACCACCUCAAGCUGAACCUCGGCAAGACGGAGCUGCUCUUCCUCCCGGGGAAGGACUGCCCGUUCCAUGAUCUCGCCAUCACGGUUGACAACUCCAUUGUGUCCUCCUCCCAGAGCGCUAAGAACCUUGGCAUGAUCCUGGACAACACCCUGUCGUUCUCAACUAACAUCAAGGCGGUGGCCCGUUCCUGUAGGUUCAUGCUCUACAACAUCCGCAGAGUACGACCCUGCCUCACACAGGAAGCGGCGCAGGUCCUAAUCCAGGCACUUGUCAUCUCCCGUCUGGAUUACUGCAACUCGCUGUUGGCUGGGCUCCCUGCCUGUGCCAUUAAACCCCUACAACUCAUCCAGAACGCCGCAGCCCGUCUGGUGUUCAACCUUCCCAAGUUCUCUCACGUCACCCCGCUCCUCCGCUCUCUCCACUGGCUUCCAGUUGAAGCUCGCAUCCGCUACAAGACCAUGGUGCUUGCUUACGGAGCUGUGAGGGGAACGGCACCUCAGUACCUCCAGGCUCUGAUCAGGCCCUACACCCAAACAAGGGCACUGCGUUCAUCCACCUCUGGCCUGCUCGCCUCCCUACCACUGAGGAAGUACAGUUCCCGCUCAGCCCAGUCAAAACUGUUCGCUGCUCUGGCUCCCCAAUGGUGGGACACACUCCCUCACGACCGAGGCAGAGGAGAGUCCCCCAGAUCAGAACACCUCAAGAAACACCAGUGGAAACCCACAGGAAAGAAAUCUCACCACUGCUCUGACUGUGGGAAGAGAUUCACCUCUUCAACAGACCUUAAAAGACAUCAGAGAAUCCAUACAGGAGAGAAACCUUAUAGCUGUAAUCAAUGUGGGAAGAGUUUUAGUGUUACAAGCAGCCUGAAAGCACACCAGAAAACACACACAAGAGAGAAAUCGUAUAGUUGUGAUCAAUGUGGGAAGAGUUUUGUUACAUCUAGCAUUCUGACUACACACCAGAGAACACACACAGGAGAGAAACCUUAUAGCUGUGAUCGGUGUGGGAAGAGUUUUACUACAUCUAACCAACUGACUAUACACCAGAGAAUACACACAGGAGAGAAACCUUACCACUGCUCUGACUGUGGAAGGAGUUUUGUUUCUUCCCAAUAUUUAAAAUCACACAAGAGAACACACACAAUAGCGAAACCUUACCACUGCUCUGACUGUGGAAAAUGUUUUGUUUCUUCACAAUAUUUAAAAUCACACCAGAAAACACACACAGGUGAGAAGCCUUAUAGCUGUGAUCAAUGUGGGAAGAGAUUUAGUCACUCAAGCAACCUGAUGGUACAUUUGAGAACGCACACUGAGAGAAACCUUAUAGCUGUGAUCAAUGUGGCAAGAGUUUUACUUCAUUUAGCCAGCUGACUAUACACCAGAGAACACACA